GGCUCGAACCGAAAAAACUAUUCAGUCUUUUUUUUUUUCAAGCCUGAAGCAAAAACCUAUCAAGAGUCACCAUGGUUGAGUGGUCCGAUCAGGAGCGCAGCAUCAUCACCAGUAUCUUUGCCAGCCUGGACUAUGAAGAUAUCGGCCCCAAGGCUCUGUCCAGAUGUCUGAUCGUGUACCCCUGGACUCAGAGGUACUUCGGCGCCUUCGGAAACCUCUACAAUGCUGAGGCCAUCAAGAUCAACCCGAUGAUUGCAGCCCAUGGAAUCAAGGUGCUGCACGGUCUGGAUCGUGCUGUGAAGAACAUGGAUGACAUCAAGGCCACCUAUGCCGAGUUGAGCGUCAUGCACUCCGAGAAACUGCACAUCGACCCCGACAACUUCAGGCUGCUGGCUGACUGCCUGACCAUCGUCAUUGCCGCUAAGAUGGGCACCGCUUUCACCGCCGACAUCCAGGCCGCUUUCCAGAAGUUCCUGUCUGUGGUCGUGAAUGCCCUGGGAAGGCAGUACCACUAAAUCCAGGAGAGAAAUCCUUCAGAGAUUCAUUCACAAAAUGCUCUUAUCUCCCGAGUAAAGAAAUAAAGCCCAUUUGAAGCAAAAAAAAAAAAAAAA